AUGUUGACGGUCGCGGAUAUGCUGCUUCUGGCCGAGGGCGAGGAAGCCCUGUACGCUCAAGAGCCGUACGAGAGUGACGACGACUCGGAUGACGAAAGCAGCAGCAGCAGCGAUGACAGUGACAGCGAUGACAGUGACAGCGAUGAUGAUGGUGAUGAUGAUGACAGCUCUGACGAUGAUGAGGAGGAUGACAAGAAGAAGGAUGACAAGAAGGAUGACAGCUCCGACAGCGACAGUGACAGUGACAGCGACAGUGACAGCAGCGAUGAUGAGGAGGAUGACAAGAAGAAGGAUGACAAGAAGGAUGACAGCUCCGACAGUGACAGCGACAGCAGCGAUGAUGAGGAGGAUGACAAGAAGAAGGACGACAAGAAGGAUGACAGCUCCGACAGUGACAGCGACAGCAGCGAUGAUGAGGAGGAUGACAAGAAGAAGGACGACAAGAAGGAUGACAGCUCCGACAGUGACAGCGACAGCAGCGAUGAUGAGGAGGAUGACAAGAAGAAGGAUGACAAGAAGGAUGACAGCUCCGACAGUGACAGUGACAGCAGCGAUGAUGAGGAGGAUGACAAGAAGAAGGACGACAAGAAGGAUGACAGCUCCGACAGUGACAGCGACAGCAGCGAUGAUGAGGAGGAUGACAAGAAGAAGGAUGACAAGAAGGAUGACAGCUCCGACAGUGACAGUGACAGCAGCGAUGAUGAGGAGGAUGACAAGAAGGAUGACAAGAAGGAUGACAGCUCCGACAGUGACAGCGACAGCAGCGAUGAUGAGGAGGAUGACAAGAAGAAGGACGACAAGAAGGAGGGUGACAGCUCCGACAGUGACAGUGACAGCAGCGAUGAUGAGGAGGAUGACAAGAAGAAGGACGACAAGAAGGAGGGUGACAGCGACAGCUCGGACAGCGACAGUGAUGGUGAUGGUGAGCAGUCUGCCAAACGACCCAAGAAGGAGACCGAUGACAAAGACAGCAGCGAUUCUGAUUCUGACUCAGACUCUGACGAGGAUGAGAAGGAGAAGAAGGAAGAGGAAGCCGACAGCAGUGACUCUGACAGCUCCGAUGACGAGUCGGAUGGCGAGCAGCCAGCGAAGCGCGCGAAGAAGGAGAGCGAUGACAGCAGUGAUGAUGACGACAGUUCUGAUGACGAUGAUAGCAGUGGCGAUGAUGACGAUGAGAAGAAAGACGAUAAGAAGGCCGACAGCAGCUCUGAUAGCUCCGACGAUGAUGACGAUGAUAGUGAUGACAGUGACGAUAGCGAUGACGAGGACGAUGGCAAGGCGAAGAAAACGAAGAGGGAGGAGAAGAAGGACAAGAAAGCGGGCAUCAACGGCAAGUCUGUCAAGCGCUCUGCUACCAGCAAGGCCGACUCCUCCGAUGACGAUAGCGACAGCAACGACAACGCACAGCACUCAACCAAGCGAGCCAAGUUGUCGGCAGACAAAUCGAAGUCGCUGCCAACGACGCCUGCAAACCAAGUUCGCAGCAGCCACGGCAACGGUCACGCUGCACCCAAGACGACGCCGGGCAAGCGUGGCAGCCGCAAGCCCAACGUCCCGUACCGCCGCGUGCGCGCCGAGGAAGUCACGGUGAACCCAGCGCUGGCAGACAACUCGUACGAGGGCACGUGGGGAAACGAGGGCUGGGGUGCGCGGGCCGCGGAGCAGCUGAAGGUGACACGCGGCAAGUCAUUCCGGCACGAGAAGACAAAGAAGAAGCGCGGCAGCUACCGCGGCGGCCAGAUUGACACCGUCUCUGUCAACUCCUUUACGUUUGGUGACGACUGGUGAAACAGCCACGCACGCACACGCAUGCACGUGUCCAUGUCCGUGUGUGCCGUUGUCGUUGUUGUGGCUUUUUUUUGAAUGCAUGCUGUAUUGUGCAUGGUGGCGAAUGCCCUGCUUGUGUACUCUUGCAUGUGCGUGUGCGUGAUUAUGUGCUAGGAUUUGAAGAGGAGGAGAGGAAAGAGGUCACGAGGAGAAACACUGCGAGGUACGCUGGUUGACUUGUGUUGGUGAUGGUGCUGUUGGCUGUUGCUUUGUUUUGUCUUGGCUCUCAAAUGCAUCAAAUCAAUCGACACAGCAGAGGCAAAGACACAAAGAGAGAG